AUGAACAGCUUCAAGUGGCCUGGUCUCAUGUCUGGCAAGCAGGCUUACCGAGAGAUAAGCGAUGAGGCAUCAUUUGACAUUAGUUCAGAAGACCACCUCCUGGGCGAGGAAAGCCAAGUUCUGAGGUUCAAGAGGGAUAGAGGAAGCCCCCGGUUUCUCAGUGUGGCAACAAUUCUCCAUCUCGCUUGCUUCACAUUCUACACUGCCUUGUUUUUUGUCUUGCGCAUCUCUACGCAGAGCGAGUGCGCCUAUGAUCAAACCCAAGUGUGGUCACCGGCCAGAUCAGCACUGAAGCCCACCAAGUUGCUCUUCCAGAACGAGAUCAUGGACCCGAAUCCCUUUCGUGGAAUGCCACGGCCAGAGUUGGAUGAGGCCUGGGACGAGCUGACACAGUAUACCAGCAUCAAAGUCACGGCUGAGGACCUGAGGCGAAUCAACCGUACCUCGGUGCAGCUCUCUGAUGGCUCGGGGAUGUACUUCAGCGGACUGAAUGUGCAUCAUCAACUGCACUGCCUGAAGAUGAUACGGCAGGCGAUGUAUCCAGACUACUAUUUCAAGGGCGGAAAGCCGCCCCGUCACCAGGAAGAUCACAUUGAUCACUGUAUUGACAAUAUCCGAAUGGUUCUGAUGUGCAAAGCCGACAUCUCCCUCGCGACUUAUGACUGGGUUGAUAACAACCGAAAGCCUCUUACUCAUUUCCAUACCGAGCACAGCUGUUACGACUUCGCAUCUGUCGAUGACUGGGCCCGCCAGCAUAACGUGAACAUGUACGACAACGUGUCGCUGGUCCACCCUUUUCUUGGGACGUCCUACCCUCUAGACGCCAAUGGAAAGCUGGUGGUCACCGAAGACGGAGACCCCUUCCUAGGGAACAAGAUAAUACCGCCGCCUGUUUGA